AAAAAGAACCCGUCCUCUUUCCUCUCGUCGACAAAGAGAGGUCUCGCCCUUUUCUCCCAAGGAUCGAUUCGCAGGAAGCGACUUUCCGUCGAAACCCUAAUCCGAAGGACGAAGCUUCCUUCGUCCUCCUGCAACCUUCUCAGGGACGCGACUUCCUCACGCGGAAAUCCUAAAUCUCCUGAGAGAAUUUUCCGUUCAGGUAGCCUUACACGCGUUAUCCACGACCAUACCCUUGCCCCAAAUCGUAGCCCUAAAGGAGGUGGAGACCUUGACGGAAGGCGGGGAAGAGGCAGUCUUCGGGCGAUCGGUCGCUUGAUCGGGAGGGUGAAGGGAAGUCUUCGAGGGGAUCGACGCCAUGGGUAACACGGAGAAGCUGAUGAACCAGAUCAUGGAGCUCAAGUUCACGAGCAAGAGUCUGCAGAGGCAGGCGAGGAAGUGCGAGAAGGAAGAGAAGACGGAGAAGCUGAAGGUGAAGAAGGCGAUCGAGAAGGGCAAUAUGGACGGGGCGCGCAUCUACGCGGAGAACUCCAUUCGCAAGCGUAACGAGCAGAUGAACUACCUGCGCCUCGCCUCCCGCCUCGACGCCGUCGUCGCGCGCCUCGAUUCACAGGCUAAGAUGAUGACGAUCAAUAAGUCCAUGGGGUCGAUCGUCAAGGCGCUCGAGUCCUCGCUCACGACGGGCAAUCUCCAGAAAAUGUCGGAGACGAUGGACCAGUUCGAGAAGCAGUUUGUGAAUAUGGAGGUCCAGGCCGAGUUCAUGGAGAAUUCCAUGGCCGGGAGCACGUCGCUCUCCACGCCUGAAGACGAUGUCAAUAGCUUGAUGCAGCAAGUGGCGGAUGAUUACGGGUUGGAGGUCUCAGUUGGCUUGCCCCAGCCGGCGGCGCACGCCAUCCCUGCCAAGGCGGAGAAGGUGGACGAGGACGAUCUCUCGAGGCGUCUGGCUGAGCUCAAGGCCAGAGGGUAAUUGAAUUUACCCUCUUCUCUAUGCGUUGAUGAGAAGGACAACUUGUUUAUUAUGAACCGGUUUUAUGAAGAUUGUAGCUAAUAUGGUUGCUUAAUACAUGUUGUUGAUGUGCUAUCCGAUGGACCUCGCAGUUAUCUCAGACCCAAAUAUUUGUAGUUACACAGUGGCUUGGUAAUGUUCAUGGCUUCUUUCUUAUA